AUGACCAUCGCAGAGCGCAAACAACUGAUCGAGCUUUGCGUGCAGAAUGCUGCCGGCCGAGGACCAGUGGUUGCUGGGACUGGUGCAACUUCGACACAGGACGCCAUUGAGCUUGCUGAGCACGCUGCAAAGGCCGGCGCCGCAGCACUGAUGGUGGUUCCCCCGAUUUACGACCCUGUCAACUACGAGCAAUGCAAGGAACUCAUCGGCCUGAAACUCACUCCUCCACAAAUUGCCAGCCUCUCUUCAGUCGGCGUCAAGUACUUGAAAGACUCGUCAGGCGAUGUGGUACCGUUUACCGAGCUCGUUUUCAGUUUGCACGACCAGAUCACCGCGCUGAAUGGUGCCGAUAAGUUGACUUCUAUGGCAUUGUGA